UCCACGACCCUUGUUUUGUUUAUCAACACUGAAUAUGAUGUAAAUAAAUACAUCAGUGAUAUUUUAUGUGAGACACCAAAAUGUUGAAAUUUGUGACCAUUAACAGCAGCACCGGCUUUUUGUUGCCGAGCUGCAUGUUUCAUCGGGGUGGUAUAUGUACUUCGCGAAACAUGCAGCUGCUCCAGAUCCGAUAUAGUCUCCAAACUCAGAUCAUGCUGAAGAACCGUGAUGACGACCUCACGGCAACGAUAAACACGAUAGGUGACCCUUUGCAGGUCCAUAGCACAACUCCUCAGUGGAGUAAACAAGAGCUGCUAAAACAAGUUGAAGAUUUAUUACAAUGCAAUAAGAAAGAAUUAGAACGUGUCUAUAGGACGAACAAAAAAUCAUUGAGUACGAUUGUUUCUAAAACGAUAACUGACAAUAUAUCAUUAUUGCUGAGCAGAGGUGUUACCGGAAAAACGAUUAUAAAUUUUCCAAAGAUUCUGUCCGCUGACACAGAUGAUGUCGCCAACAAAUUAACAGUCCUUGAGAAAUUCAAAGAUCUCAAAGAUAUCAAUCAUGUGUUGCCUUUGCUGAGCGUUCCCUCCGAUGCUCUCGAGAAAAUCGUAGAAAUCUCGCAGAGUGAAAACAUUGAACAUGGGAAUCGAAUCUACUUCAUGAAUGCUAAGACCGGCAUUGAUUGCGAGAUAAUUUCGCGAUAUUUUGCCACGAAUAUCCGUAUCUAUAAAGUGUCAAUGGCAAAAUUCAAAUCAAACCUUGACUACUGUUUGCAACAGAUGGAACCGUUGGAUGUUGUGAAGCAUUUGUCCAUUUUAGCAUAUGCUGGCUCCUCAAUCGGUGAGCGAUUACAAAUGUUGAAGAACUCUUCUCUACCCAAAGUGAAACCAUGGAUGAUAAGAGCGCCAGGGGUGGUUUUAGAAAAAUCCUUCGAUGAGGCUAUAGAAAAAGGUAUCGACUUGAAAUUUAAAGAUCCCCUUAGUGAGGUGUGGUUCGAUAAUCAUGUGCUCAAAAAGGUCGAGGUGUUGCUAGAUUGCAACGAAGAAGAAGCCAAAACGAUUCAUAAAACUUGUAAAAGUUCUGCAACAUUUUUGGAAAACAUUGAAUUAAUGAAGGAAAUGAAUGUUCGAAAAGAGACCAUAUUAAAAAUUCCUGUGGUGCUUACACUGAAUCGAAAAGAAUUAUCCGAGAAACUAGCUGCUCUAGCACAAUUAAAGGGAGUUCGAGAUAUGAACGAUGUGAUUCCUCUGUGCAUGCUCAAACCAUACCAGGUCAAGAAAAUUGUCAACGGAUUGAACAACGAAGAACUUGAAAAUGGAAACAAUCGGAUAUAUCACUUUGCAGACAAAGCUGCAGUGAGUCCAUUUCAUGUAGCAGAACGAUUUGCGCGAAGAACUUUUAUGUUUCGUAUUCCAAAGGAUUGUUAUCUACAAAAUCUUGAUUUGCUGUUGGAAAAUAUGAACCAUGAGGACGUUCUUGGCGAUUUGUGGGCUUUUAAAUAUUCACCAGCUGUAGUAGCGGAACGGAUAGACCGAGCAAAAAAUGUUCCAGGUAAGAAAGUGAUGCCGUGGAUGGUGCGUUGCCCAGAUGUAGUUCUCGAAAAAUCGCUUCGAUUAACGAAGGAAAGUGGAGAUGUGUUAGGCGAAAACCAAUCUAUUGUUGAAUACCUUUGCCAACGAUUAGGAUUCAGUCGCGAUGUAACAAAUUCAAUAAUUCUUAAGUGUCCUUCAGUCAGAAACGUGAGGAUCACAAAAGUUAAAAAUGUAAUCGACUAUCUGCUAAACGAACUAGAUUAUAACCCUUAUGAUAUUGCAUUGAAUCCGAGGAUUUUGAUGCAUAGUUUGCAAACUACUAGAAAAAGAAUGGAACAACUGAAGGAGAUAGGCUGCCGUCCUUAUUCGUUAGUCAUUGUCUGCAAAAGUAAGCGCCAAUACGAGUUGUUCAUAAAAGAAUGGCUAGCAACUAAUGAACGGAAGAAGAAAAUCGCAGCUUCGAAUUGCUAAUUAAUAUAUACGAUAAUAUUGUACUUUAGUUUAUUCAAGUAAAUAAUUGUUCUUAUGUAUGGAA